GCACACAUACACUCACCCGCUCGCCGGAGCAGCGUGUGUACAGCGUCCAUCAAGAGCUCUGUUCAGCCGCUGUCAUCGACCACGAACACACAGCAGAAUAGGAAUCCGGGCUGUUGUAGAGUCCAGAGAAAUUGUAUAAGGACAAGAAAAUGUUUUAUUUUCAUUGUCCACCUCAGCUGGACGGGGAGUGUUGCAGGACUAACACUUUGAACUCCGGCAGUUUCGGAGGCCAUGCAGCCGCAGACUUCGAUGACGGAUUUCUGCGAAGGAAGCAGCGCAGGAACAGGACCACGUUUACCUUACAGCAGCUGGAGGCUCUGGAAGCGGUGUUCGCGCAGACCCACUACCCGGACGUGUUCACCAGAGAGGAACUGGCCAUGAAGAUAAACCUGACCGAAGCGCGUGUCCAGGUUUGGUUUCAAAAUCGGAGGGCCAAGUGGAGGAAGACGGAGAGAGGAAGUGCCGAGCAGGAGGGGAGCAAGGAGCAGGUGAGAGAGGGGGCUUCACCGGUGAGGAACCUCAGCUCCCCCUCUCCAGAUCAGAGCCGGGGCAAGAAGGAACCCCUGGAAAUGCAGCAAAGUCUGAACAGAGCGGUGGGUCCAGGAGGUCCUUUCUUCCCUUCCUGCUUGCCUGGGACCCUCCUGAACACCGCCACUUAUGCCCAAGCGCUGUCCCAAGUGGCCACUCUGAAAGGAGGUCCGCUCUGCUCCUGCUGUGUUCCUGACCCCAUGGGCCUCUCCUUCCUGCCCCCCUACGGUUGCCAGAGCAACCGGACGGCUAGCGUCGCAGCACUGCGCAUGAAGGCGCGCGAGCACUCUGAGGCUGUGCUGCAGUCAGCCAACCUCUUGGGUGCGGGUGUGCCAACAGGCUCAGGGGCGGGGCCAGGGGCAGGGUCCGCUGCAGGUGUGCCAGUGGGCGGGAGUAGCCCCGCACCCAUACCCAGCGGCAAGACCCCCAGCCAGGAGAGUGGCACGGACAAGCCAUCGCAUGGCUCCAAGGACCCCCUGGAGAAGAAACGCAGCUUGUGA